GCCGACGCGUACCUCACCUGUACUCGCAUGCUUCGAAAAGACAUCGCACCUCAAUUAAAGAAUACACUUUUUUUUUUAAUAAAUAGGGAGUGAACGGGCGGAUGCGGUUAUCGUUUUACUGUUCUAAAUAGUGAUAGUGUAAUUGCGGCGGUAACCCGAUAAUUACAAUUACCUACCUAUAGCUAUACCUACGCGGCGUUUUAACGAGGAAAGUGCACUGACUGGAACGUUAUCGAUGCACAUACCUGUACGACUUAAUUACAAUAAACAAUUUACAUUUUUACGUUAAGUAGCGAAGUUAAAUGGAUUCACGCAAUGAAAUGGACUUGACAAUGCGUUCGCGGGAAAGCAUUCCACCUGAUGCGUGCAAAAUGAGGGUGGCGAAAUCGAUCUUUUCAAUUAGAAGUCUCGUUGAUCUUAGUGACACCGGUGAAAAAAGUGCGGAAGGAAAUCGUCGCGUCGAAGACGGACAUUUAAUUUCUGAGGAACCGGUUCCAUCGGCUGAUUCGAACCCAGACAUAAUGGGAGUAUCUGAAGAAUUGACCCCAAACGCCGGAAUGGAACCGCGUACCACCGGCGCGCCGGACCAAAGCGACGGGAGCGAUCCCGAACCGGACGAAUUCGCCCCAAAACGAAAACAGCGACGCUACAGGACCACGUUUACCAGUUAUCAAUUAGAAGAAUUGGAGAAGGCGUUCUCGAGAACGCACUAUCCUGACGUUUUUACAAGAGAGGAAUUAGCAAUGAAGAUAGGAUUAACUGAAGCAAGAAUACAGGUAUGGUUUCAAAAUCGCAGAGCAAAGUGGAGGAAACAAGAAAAAGUAGGCCCACAAGCCCAUCCCUACACACACUACUUAACACCAACAGCAGGUGGUCCAGCGCCGUCGGUCAUCCCACCAACCCUUCCGAAUCCCUUCAACAUUCCCUUCGGAUUACGUAAACCAUUCGACUCCCUCAGCUUCCGUUAUCCACCCCAAGUACUUCCGGGAUACCUAACGGCAACACCGUCGCCCUACCAUCGAGGUCCGCCCUCGCUUCUACCGCCCUCCGUCGGUCUCUACCCCUCCGCAAGUUCCUUCCAAACGCUACUGGCGAACAUAUCGGCCGCGCAAAGACCGAAACUUCCGACGCCGGAGUUCACCGCUUCCCCGCCGCUGUCGCCGAACUCUUCCGGCGCGACGUCGUCGCCGCCCGAGGUCGACCGACGAAGUUCCAGCAUCGCCGCCCUGCGACUUAAAGCUCGGGAACACGAACUCAGACUGGAGAUGCUUAGACAAAACGGGGAUCUAAUUAGUUAGAAUUUAAUUUUGUAGGUAAUCGUAAUGUUUGUUUUUUCAUCGCUAUUAUUUUCUGAUGUAAAACUGUGAUGUAAAUCUUUUAAUUCUUCUUAAAUUGUCCGAGUAUAAUAAUAAUUAUUAUAUGUAUGUAUAUUUAUUAGUAAUUACGUACGACUGCGUUUGUCCGUCCAAAAAUGUAUGCAAAUAAAGUCUUAUUAUUUUGUA